UACCGGGUGUAGAUGAAUCGCGUGUUAUUUUCUCCUAUGGUAAUUAUUGGAGAUUAUGAAUAUUGUUAAACUGGUAUAGGGACAAGGCAUAUUCCUGCUUUGAAAUUUAGUCACCGAGAACAUCCUCGGUAUGCUGUUGAAGGCGUCCAUUUUUGUAUUGUUCCUGGAAAUGGUGUGUGGUGAGAGGGUUUGCAUUUUGUCAGGAGACCAAUUUCACUCUGUGAGAACUCUGCCCGAGUGUGCUUUUUUGUGCGGGAUAAAGUCCGGAUGUUCAGUGUUUAAUCUGUGUAAAAGCAACGAAAACAACUUAUGUGUGACGUAUGAACGGCAAGGGGACAGCGCAUGCCUGAAUAUGUCGCUGCUCCUUCGUUGUUUGACUUUCAUAAAGACGGAAAACACAUUCCAUACAUCAUCAGCAAGUACGUCUCAACCAACAACACCCAUGUCAGCACUGAUGUCCAUGUCAACAGCUUCAGGAGAUGACAUCACGAUUUCGCCAUCUUGUGAAACGCACCCAGAGCUUUGUCAACACGUUUCUGGAAGAAAAUGAACAAGAACCUGAUUCAGAAUAGAAUUUUAAAAAAAAAAUAUGACAAUUAUCUUGCUGUCUUACGAAGUUCAGCAAUAAAGUGGUUCAAAGUCAACUUUGAAAUAAAAAACACCCCAAAAUGAUUAAUUGUUUUGGGUUGAAGCCAUUUAGCAAUAUUGCAGCCAUUUUACGGUGGUUAAUUUAAUGAAAUAUGAUCGGUUCUGAAGAGUUUUGUGUUUUCUUGAAAGCUUCUCUUUGGAGAAACGAUCCUACGGACAUAAAGGGUUUGAAAAACAGGUAUAAGAUACAAUAUUUCAUGUAUAUAAGCAGUUGUAUUAUAAAAGCAUUCAUUUGGUGUUGUAAAAAUCGCAUUCUGGUAAAAAUUGUUAUAUAAUAUGAUCUACGAUAUUUGCAAACUUUCUUACAUGGAUGACAUAUUGAAAAGUCUAAUUCGUAUGGGCAAAGAAUCAGUACAUUCUAAAAUGAUGUGUCGUAUAGUUUAUGGACAGUCACAAGAUACAUAUUCAGGUUGAAGUUCUCUGUGAAGUAGGUAAGAAUGUGUCAAUUUGGAAUGAUAAGUAUUCCUGGAAUAAUCAU